ACAGCAGCAGAUUUAUGAGUGCAGCUAAAUCUGAAACAGCUUGUUCAACACGUGAACCAGGAAGAGACACAUCAGAGCAAAGGACACGACUAGGGACAACAGGGGAAUCACAGACAGCUGAACCAACAGACAGAUGACUCCUCCUCCUUCACCUCCUGUCCCCAAACCUAGAGCUCGUUACAAGACGACCAGUUUGAGCUCCGCCUCCUCGUUAGACAGGAGCGAUGACAACACGGUUCCUCGGAGCAGAGAUGACGGGGCUACUCGUCUUCCUCCUUCCUCCGGCUCCGAUAAUGGCUUCAUCUUCCCAACUCUGGUCAGUGUCACUGACAUCAUCGCGGCCAACAUUCCGUCAUUGGCUGGGGUCGCUGCUGCUGUUGGGGGCUCCGCCCCCCCAGCCUGUUCUGCCCCCUCUGCCCCCCCCUCCAUUGACAGCAUAGCUGACAACAUCACCACUCACAUACCGAGCUUAGCAUGCACUGCUAAUGCUCUUGCUAACCCAGCUGAUGCUACAUCAAAGCCUUCCUCUUGCCCCACACCUGUACCUGCUGCUAACACAGGUGCUGCUAGCAUUGUUAGCUCAUUAGCAAACAUGGCCGCUUCAUUAGGGAUUAUUAGCUUCGUCCCUUCAGCCCCACCCCCCUCAGAUGGUAAACCCAACCCCCCUGCACUACCAAGGAUUGCACUUCCUGAAGACCAUCACACAGAUGUUGGGGCUCUGUCCCAUCUGGUUAUGUCAUCUUUAGACCCGACUGCAGGAGUCAUGCUACCUCCUGUAGAGGGAGCUGCUGAACCCACAGACGAAGUUUUCAAUCCGUCUCCCCACGUCGCUUUAGCCGAAGUCCCGUAUGUCACCGUGUUGUCUUGUUGGGAUGGUGAGGAAGCUGACUCUGAAUCAUCCAAUGAGGAGGAGGAUACUGGAGUAAGCCCUGCCUCCUUUGCAGAUAAUGGACCAAUGGGAGGAGAUUCCCCCUCAGACACAGCUACAAAUACUCACAAGGUCCCGAUCAAUCCUCCAGGUCGUAUCAUCCCCAAGAGGCCAGCUCCACCUCCUCCUCGUGCUAUUGGCCAAUCAGAGAAACCUGGAAAACGAGUGAAACAGAAGAUCCCAAGAGCAGCAACGAUCCGAGUGUCCAGGAAGAAGUGCAGCAACGGAAGUUCAGGUCCACAGAGCGCUGUGGUCCGGUCCAGCUGGCUGGACGUCUGGAAGGGCUUCAGACACAAUGUGCUAUGGGCAACUUUGGACGGACAGCAGAUGUCUCUGUGGAAGAAACGCACAGACCGGUUCAGUGAGGUGUUGUUUCAUGUGUCCAGCAUCACCAACGUGAAGACACAGGACAAAGGAAGAUUCUCUGUUUACUUCAGGAAGAAACAUUACGACUUCAUGGCUCAUAGUGACGAGGUUCAGGAUGGUUGGGUUGCGUCGCUGCUGGCAUCACGAGGCCAGCCAAGCCCCGCCCCUGCCCAACUGCAUGGACCAAUCACCAUUAAAGAGCCCCGGAGUCGCGCCUAUGCGGCAGUCUGGAGUCACGAUCUCUGGAUUUACCCCAACAAAGAGGGCUACCUGCUGGGCAUCGCCUCCUUCUCCGUCCCCCUGAACGUGGCCGCGGUGAAAUCUACAGGAAAACACUCGUUUACCCUCAUCACUCCAUACAAGAGCUUCAAUCUGUCGGUCGACUCUUCGAAGGACCUGCCACUCUGGUUGGACGGUCUGUCCUUGUCUAUCCGCAGUGCUCUGUCCUGCAGCCAGGUGGCGAUGCGCCUUCUGGAAAACCCCUGCAACAAGGUGUGUGGUGACUGUGGCUCAGCCAAUCCUGAGUGGGCGUCGGUCAACCUGUUGCUGGUCGUCUGUGAGGCGUGUGCAGGUCAGCAUCGCGCUCUGGGUAGUAACCUGUCGAAGGUACGCAGUCUGAUGAUGGACAACAAGGUCUGGACUGAACCACUGUUACAGCUGUUUGUCGCCUACGGGAACCGGCUGGCCAAUCAGGUGUGGGCGGCUUCAGUGCCGGCAGCCGAGCAGCUGAUUCCUGACUCGUCUGAUGAGGAGAGGUCAAAGUUCAUCCAGGAUAAAUACAGCAGGGGGCGCUACAGACGAGUCCAUCCACUGACGUCCUGUCUCUCUCUAAUGGACCAGAGGCUGCGAGAGGUGGCGUGUACUGAUGACAUCGAGGAGACCAUGUCUCUGAUCUGCUCAGGGGCAAAGGUGCGUCAGACAGAUCCUCAGAGCCCCUCCCCCAUCCUCCUGGCUGAGAGGGCGGGGCAUGCUCUGCAGAGUGAGCUGCUCCGACUCAACGAGUACACAGAAGUCCCGCCUCACCAGCCCCAGUCAAUCAAAAGGAGACCUGACUCCGCCCCCUCAGGUGAAGAGGAGGAGGAGCUUCAUGGGAAACUGGAAGAAGAUCGUUUUCUUUUCUCGGUAGAAAACGAUUCAGCAGCUUGUGACGUCCUCGACCUGCGAGAGCUCCUGUCAGUGUUCAUCAAAUACGGCGCGGCCCAUGAGUUUGAGAUGGUGACGUUGAGCGAUCAGCUGAUUUGUGCAGCUGACGAUCACGACACUCUGAUGACUCACCUGCUGCACAUCCUGAAGGUGAUUCUCCCAGGGGGUGUGUCUUAUGCAGAGGUGGGCGGGGCGUCAGCUGUCAGUAAAGUGUGUGUGGUUGAAGUGGGCGGAGCCUCGAGUCAGUCUGACGCCUGGUUGUUACUCUGUGAGGAUGGCGUCAGCGUCCAUCCCGUCCACAGACACACACACACAGACACACACAGACACACACACCCAACUGUGAGGAUGGACCUGAGCACGAUCCGUCACCAUGAACUGGACCCAUCAAAAAACGUCAUCACCAUGGAAACUGGAGACAGGGGCGUGUCUUUGCGUUUCAAGGAGCAGCACAGCUGUCAGUCCUGGUUCAACCACCUGCAGAGAGCUCUGACCAAUCACAGCUCGGAUCCUCACUGUCCUCCAGCAGCCAAUCACAGCUUAGAUGCUCACCGUCCUCCAGCAGCCAAUAGCAGCUCCACUCGUCAGGCUCUGUACCCGGAUCUGGACGUUGGCUUGAGAGGUUCAGUACCACAGGGUAUCGAACGCUGCAUCUCCCACAUCACUGCCCACGGUUUGAAGGUGGAGGGCGUGUACCGCCGCUGUGGCCUUGCUGCGAAAGUGAACCAAUUGGUGGAGGCUCUGAUGACAUCACCAAGUUCUGCCCUCCUGGAAAGUGACGAGCAAGGUGUGUUGGACGCUGGCUCCGCCCUCAAACAAUAUGUCCGCCAGCAGCAGGGUUUAAUCCCCAACGUACAGCCGUGGCUGCAGGCCGCAGUGGUUUCAGAUCAACGCUCCAGGUUUAAAGCUUAUCAACGGUUACUACGCCAACUUCCUGACGACAACCGAGCUACGCUGAGCGCACUGUUCGCACACUUCUACAUGGUCCAGGUGUUCUCUCAGGUGAACAAGAUGUCCGCUCAGAAUCUCGCUCUGAUUCUCGUCCCGUCUCUGUUUCACACCUUGAGCCAGGAUCUGCUCACACUCACCAGAGAGUUCAUCAUCCACCACCCACUGCUGUUCCUGACACCUGAGGAAGAGGAGGAGGAACAGAUCACAGUCUUCUGAUGAAGAAGAAGAAGGACAAAUUAGAAGUGAUAUUUUAUCUCUGCAUUUUUCACUCAUUUACUUGUUUUAUUCAUUCAUUACUUUAUUUUUUGGGUGAAAUCCACACAAACACAAUAUCUAUGGAAUAUUGUGUUUGAAUAUUAAAUCAAUGAAAAUAA